CCAAACCAAACGAAACAGUAAAAACUCUCAGUAGCCGUCACUCUUUUCUUCUAUCUCGAUUCCUUCCAAGGGUGAGCGUUAGGGUUUAUCCUUGCCCCAAAAAUGGACCCAACCAAGAAGCGCAAGCUCGACGAGAACGGCGUCGUUUUGGACACCGACCCCUCCAUCCCCAAGCUCGAUCGCGAAGACGCCCGGAAAAUCAUCGAGCGAUUCACCCCCGAUCAGCUCAUCGACGUCCUCCUCGACGCCAUCUCCCGCCACUCCGACGUCCUCGACGCCGUCCGAUUGAUCGCCGAUCCCGACACCGCCCAGCGCAAGCUCUUCAUCCGCGGCCUCGGCUGGGACACCACCACCGAGGGCCUCCGCAGCCUCUUCUCCGCCUACGGCGAGCUCGAGGAAGCCAUCGUCAUUCUCGACAAGAACACCGGCAAGAGCAAAGGCUACGGCUUCGUCACCUUCAAGCACGUCGACGCCGCCUACCUCGCCCUCAAGGAGCCCAGCAAGAAGAUCGACGGCCGCAUGACCGUCACCCAGCUCGCCGCCGCCGGCAACCAGGGCUCCACCACCGCCUCCGUCAACCCCGUCGACGUCUCGCUCCGGAAGAUCUACGUGGCCAAUGUGCCGUAUGAGAUGGCGGCGGAUAAGCUGCUGGCGCAUUUCGCACAGUACGGCGAGGUUGAGGAGGGGCCGCUAGGGUUUGAUAAGCAGACCGGCAAGUGCAAAGGCUAUGCUUUGUUUGUGUACAAGUCUCCGGAGGGUGCGCAGAAGGCCCUGGUUGAUCCGAUUAAGAACAUUGAGGGGAGGCAGUUGAAUUGUAAGUUUGCUAGCGAUGGGAAGAAGCCCAAGAUGGGUGGCGGCGGUGCCGACGGUGGUGCCGGUCAGGGGUCCGUGGGUGGACCCAAUGCCCAUGGAGAUGGGAUGGGGAUGGCUCCGCCGUCGUCGAUGCCUGGGCAGUAUGGCGGGCCCGGUGGGUUUGGGUAUGGGGGGUUUUCGGGUGGCCAACCUCCGUUGGGGCAUCAUCCUCUGGGUGGACCGGGGCUGUCAUCUGUGGGAAAUCAGGGGCCGGGGAGUGGUGGGUAUGGUUCUGGGCUGGGUGGUGCUUAUAAUUACGGUGGGCCGGGUUCUACAGGAUAUGGUUUGGGUGGUGCUGGUGGGUUGGGUGGAGUUGGUGGUGCUGGACUAGGUAGUGGAGGCCUGGGUGGUGGAGCUCCUGGUAGCGGCACUGGUGGUACUGGGUCGUCUUUGUAUGGAUUGCCACCGAGCUCAGGUGGGUUGCCUUCUGGUAGGUAUCCUGAUGGUGGACCUUAUGGCCUGUCAGCAUUUCAGAAUCAACACCACCAGCCAGGUACAUCGCCCUUGCCAAGGGUUCCUCCUGGGGGAAUGUAUCCCAAUGCACCGUAUUACUGAGGUAUGGUCGUUGCUUUAUUUUUCGAGUAUCCUGCAUUUGUUUGGUACUUUUUGGUUUUUGUUGCAUUGCAUUUGGUUGUUGAUUUGCUUGGGGUGUUUUUUGUUUGUUUCUCACUAGUUUCUGUGAUAAUUCGCCUGUCUGUGAGUGACUUUGUGAAUUCUUAUUCAGAUAACUGUUUUCUAUAGAUGGAUGGGUGUUUUCGGCUUUCCUUUAGUAGUGGUACAUGCCUUGACUUCUUGUUUGUGAGUAAAUUUAAAAAGGCGGAGAAGUCGGAUUUGAGAAUAAUUAGUAAGAUGAUUAAUUUUUUAUUUUUAUGGCUAGUGGAGUAGUUGUGUUUUGUUUUCUCAAUUUGCCACCUAUUGGAUCUGCACAUAUCGUAACAGCUCCUGAAUGGGACAUAGUAAUAGUAAAACCAGAUGUAAUAGAGUUACUUCCCUCAUAUCCAUAGAGUAUAAAAAGUUCAAUAUAUUUUACUAAUUUACUAGCUUCAAAAUUUCUAUCCAGCAACCUUUUCAUAUUUUAUUGGUGAUGUUUCUUUCAAAACCUUCUAACUUGUUAUAUUUGUAUCAAUCCAUCAUUUUUUAUUGAUGAUCAUGUCUGUUCAAAACGUGUUUUGGAAAACUAACUUGGUAUAAGACUGAAAUUUGUCUUCAAAAUUUUGAUGUGUAGCAACUUCACUGUUCUGGCACUAUCAUUUUUCUUACGAUUAGUGAUUACUAUUUUGGCCUGUCAGCAUUCUUGCUUUACCAGCCAAUUUUCUUUGUGUUGUCACCUCAACAUUCAAAAUAUUUGGUAUUCUUUCCAAUUCCUAUUUUCCAAGUUACUAGGAAAAACACAUUGCAUGCUUUGUGUUGAUUAUUUACUUCAUUUUGGGUGAACUCUGAUUUGCAUGGUUGUUGUGUUGAGCUGUUUGCGUGGUUUAUGGUUGAAUUGAAU